AUGUCAGGGUCUACAGAUAUUAAAGACGUAUUAGACAAAAACCUCGAAGACUUUGAAAUACAAGAAGUAUUGCGAAAUGGCACCGACUUACGCGAAUAUGCUCUACAACUGGACAAGAGUAUUAAAGAUGCUGAGAAAACUUCAGUUUCUGACUACUUAAAGGAAAGUGAGAACAUUGCUUCACUUCAUAACCAAAUCGAAGAUUGUGAUGGUAUUUUGGCGAAAAUGGAAAGCAUGCUUAUGGUAUUUCAAAAUGAUUUAGGAAGUAUCAGCAAUGAAAUAAUAAGUCUACAAAAGCGUUCAGUCAACAUGUCCGUGCAACUGUCAAAUAGACAAGUACUCAAAGGACCGCUCUCAACUUUUAUAGAAGAUAUGGCAGUUUCUGAAACUCUUAUUUUUGGUGUUAAUAAUGUACCUGUGACUGAUAAGGAAUUUAUGGUUCAACUUGCUAUUUUAAACCAAAAAUUGAACUUCGUAAAGGAACAAGAUUUUAAGGAAACUAAAGCGUGUCAUGAUGUGAAGGAUGUCUUAGAAAAGCUCAAGAUAAAAGCUGUAUCAAAAAUAAGAACAUAUAUUUUAGAACAAAUCUAUAAAUUUCGUAAACCAAUGGCCAACUAUCAAAUGCCUCAAAAUGCUAUGUUAAAAUAUAAAUUUUUCUUUGAAUUUAUUCUAACCAAUGAGAGAAAUGUAGCACAAGAAAUUUGUAAUGAGUAUAUAGAUACAUUGAGUAAAGUGUACUACUCAUACUUCAAAUCAUACGCUUCAAGACUAGAGAAGCUAAAAUAUGAAGAAGCACCAACAAAGGAUGAUCUCAUGGGGAUUGAAGAUGGUGCUAAGGGUGGAUUUUUCCAGAAAUCCAAUUUGAAAAAUAAAAGCACAAUAUUCACAAUAGGCAAUAGAGGUGAUGUCCUAGCGCAGCAGCUUGAAGCACCUAUCAUUGUACCUCAUGUACAACAAAAGACAAAGUACUCAUAUGAAGCGUUAUUCAGAAGUUUACAGUAUGCUCUAGUGGACAACAGUUGCAGAGAGUACUUAUUCACUACAGAAUUCUUCCAUGUUAAAGGAAGUCAUGCUCAAGAGCUCUUUGAUAGGAUCCUUGGAAAAACUUUGUCAUUACUUGUGAAAAAUGUUGAGAACUAUGUAAUUGAAUGUUAUGACUGUUUAGCAUUAUAUCUCUGUAUACAGCUGAUAAACAGAUACAGAUGGAUGUGCCACAAAAGAGCAGUUGCAGCCUUAGACAGUUAUUGGGACUCAUUGCAAAAUACUUUGUGGCCUAGAUUGGAUUAUGUAUUGAAACUUAACACACAGAGUGUGCGAGAAUGCGAUCCAGCUAAAUUGUCUAAUAAAGAAUUGGGACCACAUUAUAUCACUCGAAGAUAUGCAGAGUUCUCAGCAGCAAUGCUUAGCUUAAGCGAACAGUUUCCUUCAGAAGAACUCAGUAAUCUUUUACUAAUUCUUCAAGACGAAGUCCAUUGUUACUUACUCAAAAUGGCAGCUGAAUUUCCGCAACGUAUUCAGCAACUAAUAUUUCUCAUAAAUAACUAUGACAUGGUGUUGAGUAUAUUAAUGGAAAGAACAAGGGACAAUACAAAGGAAGCAGAAAGUUUUAAAGAACAAUUACAAGCCAGAAGUUCAGAAUAUGUUGAGGAGAUAUUAAGCCCACACUUUGGUGGGAUGAUUCAAUUUGUUAAAGAAGGUGAACAGUUGUUUGAAUCUGAUAAAAAAGCAGAAUUAGCUAGUUUAGAAAGAAAAUCACUUUCUCUGGUUGCUUCAUUCAGCUCUGGGUGGAAGCAAAGUCUUGAGGAAAUUCACAGAGAAGUUUUAAUAUCAUUUCCAAAUUUAGUCACCGGGUCUGGUCUACUGCAAAUGGCUCUCACGAACUUCGUGCAAUACUAUCACAAAUUUGCCAAGCUACUGACGCCUAACGCUAGAACGCAAUUAGUCAAUAUUCAUGUCAUUAUGGUAGAAAUCAAGAAGUACAAAACAAAUUACUAA